AUGGCAGCACCUCAGCCGCUCCGCCUGCACUCACGUGUCAAGGUAUCCAACCUCGGUCACGGCGAGGUGCUCUUCGUUGGUCAAACCUCCUUUGCGCAAGGUGUCUGGGUCGGCAUCGAGCUCGACAACCAGAACGGCAAAAACAAUGGAUCCGUUCAGGGCAAGCGCUACUUUGAAUGCCAAGAUGGCUACGGCGUCUUUGUCCGGUCCAGCCAGAUCCACGUUCUAUCUCCGGAGGAAGAGAUGCACAGCGUGGACGACGAGCCAUUACCGCCGCCAACACCAGCUGCAAGGGCGUCACGUCCACCAUCAACAACCACGCCUUCUGCUACCGCUGCUGCGCGUCUCAGUCCACGCAAGGGUGUUACAUCCACACCAGCCCGAGCAGCAGCACCGAGGGCCAGUCUAGCUCCUUCGGCGCCUCCUUCGGCGGUGAGAAGAACCAGCGCUGUCAGCGUUGGCAGCAGCCUUUCGUCAGCAUCCGCAUCGAGACCGCCGACCUCUGCCAGUAUCACAUCGCGUUCCUCUUCGCCCGUCAAGCCAGCUCCGAGUGUGCGAUCGCCCAUCAAAGCUUCGUCCGCUACUGGCCGCGUCUCUGCAGCAUCCAGCACCGCGCGCUCAGCAGUCGCCAGCUCCCUUGCAAGCAGAACUGGCUCGCCAGGCACUCCAGUCGCGCCAGGGCGUGCUCUCAGAACGGCUGCCACCACAACCUCCGCUACUACACCGGGCGCGAGGAUGCCUGCAGCUGGUAAUCCCGUAUCAAGGACAGUCACAAAGCCUGCGCCUUCCGCAUCAGCAUCGGCAAAAGCACAAACUCCCGCAGCAGCUAGAGCAGGACUUCGUCCUGUCCCAAAUAGUCGACCGUCCAUGGUAGCCGGCACUUCUCGCACGGCUACGUCAAGCCCUAGCGUCGCCUCAGCGUCUCGCGUCGCUGCAGCGCGCACAGCCGCCGCUUCUGCUCCCAUCUCUCGCGCCGCAAGCUCAGUUGGGCCAGCCUCUCGCACUGGCAGCUCACUUGGCCCGUCCCGUCUGGGUCCCCGAAGCUCUGGCGGUAGCGCAGUGAGCUCUGGUCGUACGAGUGCAUCACAACGACUACUGGACCCUGAAGAAGAAGAGGACUAUCGCCUCGAUGGUGAGGGCAACGAUCAUGAAGAUCUGCUCGCAAACGAUCCACUUCGACCAUCUCUAGGCGACCGCGACGAUGCAACCGACGAAGCGGAUCUGACCAUCUCUGCCGACACAAUUCCGGACUCAACGCUGCGCUCCACCAGAGCUCUCAACAAAUCAACACGCGAUUUCAUGAGCCUCGUCGAGCCGAGCGCGUCUUCCGCAGCUGUGCGAUCGUCCGCCGAGUUUGGCGCCUUGCACAAGGAACUCGAGGAGCUGCGAGCCAAGGUGCGCGUCCUCGAAAAGAAGCGCGACGACGAACGAUCCCGCAUCUCUGAGCUCGAGCAGCUCAAGGAGCAGGCCGAGAUGUCGAUCGCAGCAGCGCCCAAGCUCACGGCUAAAGUGCAAGAACUGCAGGCCGAGCUCAAGGACCAGAAGAAGCUGGAAAAGGACUGGGCUAUGCAAAGGGACGAUUUCGAGCGUCAGCUUUCCAAACUUAACGACGAGCUCGAAUCGUUGACGUUGGACCGCGAGAUGGCCGAAGAAAAGGCCGAAACCGCUGUCCUCGAAGCCGAGGAGCAUCUCAUGUCGCUUGAAGCAGCGAAUGCCAAGAUCCAAGCCCUAGAGAAGGACAUGAAUCCGCAUCUCUCGAGGCAGAGCGCCGCUGCGCGAGAAGAAGCAGAGGAUCAGGAUGGCGACGAUGGACUUGGAGACGGCGUAGCAUAUUCCGCUGCCGCCGACUUGCUGCAACGCGAAAACGACCAGCUGCGUCGCGUCCUUCGCGACCUGCGUGACCGUUCCAACGAGAUCGAAGGAGACCAUCGACGCAAAAUCAUCGAGCUCGAACGCGAGAAUGCCGAACUCAUCGAGCUCAACUCGACCAAUGACUCGCUGCUGCCCGAGCUUGAGAACGCAGAAUCCAUGAUCGAGGACCUCAAGCUGCAGCUUGACGAUGCACUCGGCGCUCAGGAUUUAGUCGAACAGCUCACCGAGCGCAACCUGCAGCUGAGCGACCUCGUCAAGAAGUUGCGCGAUGAGAUCGAAGAGCACGAGACCAUAGCCGAGAUCAACAACGAGCUCGAGGAGCAACACACCAUCAAUGAGAAGGAGCUCCGCGAGGAAAUCGAUCUGUGCGAGUCACGCAUCCGUGACCUUCAGGUUCGCAACGAAGGGCUCGAGAACAACGCGGUGGAUUAUCAGAACACUUUCGCCCAGUUCCGCGACCUUGUCUCCAACCUGCAGGGUGAGCUCGAAGCUGCAAAGGCAGAGCAGGCCGAGUACGGAGGCGGAGGCGGUGCAGAACGCAAGGGUCUGGCAGACCAGGCCAUGCUCAACCUCAACCUCAAGCUUCAAUCGAGUGCGCUCAAGAGCCAGGCCAAAACGAUUGAUCUCGAGCUCGGACGACUUCAGGCCUCUCAGGCGACUUCGCACCUCGAGAUGGUCCGCUCAUACCUGCCGAGCGCCUACUUUGAGGCCGAUGCAGAUGCGGUCAAUUGCCUGCUCUUCUUCCGUCGCAUGGCGGCCAAGUCGGAUCUUAUCAAAUCGAUCGUAGAGACCAAUCACGAUAUCCAGGAAAGUCUGUCAGGCGUCGUUCCCGAGAUCAUGGUCAGCAUCUGCGAGAUGCGUCACUCGAUCGCCCACUUUGGCGCGCUCUCUCGACAGAUUGCAGCAGUCCUUCGUCUCGCACCCACCGAGGUGUUCCUUCGAGGCGGGCGCAUGUAUCGCGAGAACAUGGCCAUCGAACGCAAGGUCGACGCUUUUAUUGCAGCGCUGCGACGCGAGGAGCUCAAGGAGCAGGAAUGUGGUUUCGAGUUCGGCAGGUUUGUCAAGCAGUUCGAAGACUUUACCAUGGCCUUAGGCGGAGACGAGAACGACAGCGACCUGGCUGCUAAGGAAGUGGGCUCGGCCAACUUGAUCGACCACGAUCUCGACACGCUCAUUGCAGCGCUCGGGUAUGCCAAGCAGCAGCUGGCACAGCUCUACAAGGACGACGACGUCGAGUGGGAGAUGGCAGGCAAGAACAUCGAGGAUGACCUGUUCGACCCACUGCAGGAGCUCAUCAAUCGAAUCCGCAACACCAAGGUGCUGACGCGCAAGGUGUUGCGCAGGCUGCUCAGCCUUGCCGAUAACGACGAGGCCGUGCGGAUGGAGGCCAUCAUGCAUCUGCCACCUCUAGGCAGGCUCACGUCGCAGCUGGUCACGUUUGCCACGCGGCUAUCGAAGUCCAUCUCGACCUAUGUUGCCGAGGUGCGCUCGUCGAAGUCGGUAUUCGAGAUCUUGAGAGUGACCGAGAUGGUGGCGGAAGCGACGGAAGAGGGCCUGGGCAAGUCGGAUGUCAACCUGUGGUCUGGUCCGCUUUCGUCUACUGCGCACCUAUCGAGCACAAUUCAAACUGUGCUUACUGCGAUUGUCGAGCAGGAAAACGUGAUCCGUAUCGACGGUCCUGGGCCUUGGCUUGCACGAGCGGAGGAUAUCAAGACGCAGGCAGCGCAGAACCCUGAACUCGAGAGACAGGUGGCCAAGCUGAGCGAGGACGCACGCGACUUGCUGCGACAAGUGAAAGCACGAGACCAGGCGCUACAGGAAGGCUCGAUCAAGAUCGAACGCCUUCAAAAGCAACUGGAAAAGUCAAAAGCACAGGUGGAUGAGCACAGCGAUGUGCGUGCUACGCUCACCGAGACGCAACGUCAAGCCAAAGCGUAUCAGGAUGCGAACGACGCGCUGCAGAGCGAGAUCGAGGCGCUGCAGAAGGAUCACGACCGACUCAAGGCACAGAUGGCUGCAGCGCCGGCCGACGCACUGGCCGCGCACCAGGCGGCAGGCGACGGCGAAGGCAAUAAUGGUGCAGUUGGUCGUGCGCUGCAGGAAGGCGGAUUGGACGUGGGUGCGAGUUACAGCAGCUUGGAGACGUCGUACCUAGUGGAUCAGCUCGAAGCGCUCAAGGGCGCACUCAAGCAUUUGCGCAACGAGAAUGCGGCUCUCAAGGGAAGUGCGUUGCUGGAGCAGAUGGAAGCUUUGCCGGUACUCGUACGUCGUUCGCAGCGUGUUGCCGGUGCGCCAACAGAAGGCGAGGCGGCUGCCAAGAGCGGCGAUGAGAGCGACACCAAAAAGGUCGGAGAGCCUGUCAAACGUGCGCCACUGCGUUUGGCUCGCACAGCUUCCACGAACGCUCCUGGCGGAUCCGUGCGUGCCGAGGCAAAGCAGCUCUACAAUACAGCCCUCACCACGUUGGCCUUGUCGAGCGUCGUCGAUCUCACUCCGCUUGCCAAGAAGUCGGCCGCCCCUGUGGCCUCAGAGCAGGUCAAAGCUGGGGAUAAGGUUCAGAUGGAAACAAGGGGGCGACCGUGGUUGCCGUACCACAAGCAGCCAGAGGCUCAGUUGGAGCUACAGGCACUGACAAGGGCAAAACUGCUGAGACAGCUGUCGGCUCUCACGGAGCGAUUGGCACCUGCAGUAGGAGCGAGACCGCCUGCGUCCGUGGUGGCAUUGCAGACGAUCCAAGCGUAG